GUAUUUUUGAGUAUUUAUAUACUUUUUUUUUUAGAAAAAUUUGAACUUUUAAACAUGGUUUUGAACUUGGACGCACUUUCAAUGGUUCACAAAAAACUCCCCGUAAAAAAUUUGUAUGAAAUUUUAGUCGCUAGUUGUUUUAGAAAUUUAUUUUUAUUACAAAGAACCAUUUUAAAAUAUUUCCAACAAAGUGGAGGAGACUUUUCCAAAAUUAGCUACCCGGAAAUUUAUCAUUUCUAUCCUAAUUUAUGUGGACAUUUUGUUACUAGAGUUUUUGGAAAAGGAGAGACUGAUGAAUCAUUAGAACAAGAACGAAAAAUUAUUCAAGAUAAAUUAUUAUUACCGUUAACAAUGCCAUUUUUCAGACGAGGAAAUCGAUACAUUUUUAAUUCCGACCAAGAAGAUGAUUCUCCGUUAAUUAGUCCUCAUUUAAGCGUCAAAAACACAAACAAUGGUGGUGAAAUCGCUGUAGUUCGAGGAAACUACGAAUAUUAUCAUUAUUCUCAACAAAAAAUGGAUGAUAACGGUUGGGGUUGCGCUUAUAGAUCGUUGCAAACCCUCGCUUCCUGGUUUAAUCAUCAAGGAUACUCUACUAAGUUAGUUCCAACCCAUCGAGACAUCCAAAAGUGUUUAGUAGAUAUUGGAGAUAAACCACCAAAUUUUAUUGGCUCAAAACAAUGGAUUGGUUCAAUGGAAGUGGGAUUUGUCUUAGAAACACUUUUAGGAAUAACCAGUAAAGUCCUUCAAUGCAGUUCUGGAGCAGAAAUGGGAUCAAUUGGUUUAGAGUUGUUAACUCAUUUUAAAACGAAUGGAUCCCCAGUAAUGAUUGGAGGAGGUGUUUUGGCACAUACUAUUUUGGGGGUUGAUUGCAACCAUGAUAAUGGAAACGUAAAGUUUUUGAUUUUAGAUCCUCAUUAUGUUGGUGGUGAAGAUUUAGAUAAAAUUAUUAAUAAGGGUUAUUGUGGGUGGAAAGGUGUUGAAUUUUGGGAUAAAAAAGCUUUUUAUAAUAUGUGUAUGCCUAUUGUACCGAAAUGUUUAUAAUUUAAUUCAUUUAUUUAUAAUUAAUGUUUAAUAAUAAAGUGGAUCAUUUUAAAUUUGA